CCCGCAGUACUUCCCCUCCUCACCACCACCACCACCAUCGAAGCUGGCAAGAACUUCACGCCAGCCCCAUUUCAUUGAACACGUUCUUAUUUAGACACCCAGAAACACGGAGCUAUUGCCUAUGAGCUGCUGUGGUGAUAUGGAUUCUAUGCUGGUUACCAACAAGGCAGCAGGAGAGCCCCUCACCACCAAAAGCAAGGUCCUUGAAACCGGAGCUUCCUUGACACAGGACUUCCGUCCAGUCAAAAAUAUCUGCGCCCAUCUGAAUGCAUUUCAUGUAUACGCCAACGACACCGGCCGCUUUGUCGAGGCCAACCACUACUGCAGCCACCUGAAUGAAGACGUCCGCCAAUGCAUCCUCUACGACAGUCCGGGCCCCAAUGCGCGUCUCAUCGGUAUUGAAUACAUGAUCACCCCUAAGCUAUACAAUACACUACCACAAGAGGAGCGCCGCUACUGGCACAGUCACGUCUUCGAGGUCAAGUCUGGCAUGCUGAUAAUGCCUCAACCGUCUGUAGCGGUACCAAAUGCUGCAUGGGAGGAGGCCGAGAACAAGGAGAUGGAAGAUGUCAUCGAACUGUACGGCAAGGUGUUUCAUUUGUGGCAGGUGGAUAGGGGAGAUAAGAUUCCGAUGGGCGAACCGCAACUGAUGACGAGCUUCACCGAAGAGAGCCAAUUUGACAUGGAAAAGCAUGUGGGGGAGCGGGAUCGUAGGUUCGGCUCCGAUUACAAGAGGAAAAGAGAGAUACGAAGCUAUAUCGAGGAGCCUGAGCUGCACCCAGAUGCCGACUGGGCAUGGAAGGAUCAGAAACAGGGGCAAGGGAAUACGGCCGGGCAGACGUCUCAGCAACUUGAAGGUGAGACAUGAUGCGUCGGAGACACUCACGUGCCAUGUUUGACACUGGUGCAGAGAAACGUUGGUCUGCCUACGAAUAGACGAUGAUUUUCAGGGCGCCGGAGCUACCGAAGUGGCUGUGCAGCGAGUUGAUGACUCGAAGGUACGGAGUAGGUAGUAUCUGCUAUUGUUGAUGAAAGAGGGUUCACUGUGAGGGCUUUUUUUUUAUUAU